AUGCUACAGGGAGUUCUCUGCCAAGAUCACAAUCAGAAUUCCGGCCCUGAAACAUCUGAGUUUGGUCAAUCAUCGCCUUUGCCUAUUAUAAGACCGCGAUCCUCGAAUAAUUCUGUCACGAUGACUACAGGAUCUCUACCCGCACGUACUGUAUCAUUUGACUUAAUAAGAUCGAACCCAAAUGACCGUCAAAAUGAUCACGACGGGAUAUCUGACUACGAUGAUCAGAACGAAUUUUCGCCGAAUAUUUUACGACGUUCAAAUUCAUUUGAUUCUCUUACACCAAGACCACUAAAAUCAUACGCGACAUUAGCAAAUAUUCAAGAGCCGUCUGAUGCUGCGGAAAUUGCACCAAGAGCCGCGAAACCAAUCCCUCCAAUUAAGCCAUCAUCUGGAACAAAGAUAAUUCAAGAUUUUCUCGUAUCUUCGGCACUCAACGUAGCAAAUGCAUCUAAAAUUCCUUCUGACUCCGCACAUCCACCUUUAAAUUUGCAAUUAAUUGGUGCUAAUUUUGGAAAAUUUGUGCAAAAGUGUGGAUUUAUCUUUGCUAUUCAGGGCGCUGUUGAGGAUAUAGUGAUGUGGAAAAAUCCUUCAAAUACUUUAUUAACCAUGGUGAUUUAUGUUUACAUAUGUCUAUACCCAAAACUUUUAUUUCUCAUUCCACCAGUCGGCUUACUCGCAGUUCUGAUUUAUUACUAUGAGAAAAAAUACCCAAAUGGAUUACAAACGAUGAAAAGGGGACAACACGGACGUAGGAGAUUUCAUAAAUCAAAGCAUCAUGAUCCGUACCUACCACCCGAGAAUUCUGUAGAUUAUCUAAAAAACAUGCAAAACAUUCAGAAUCUGAUGGGCUUGAUUUCAGAAGGAUAUGAUGCGGUUGUGCCAUUACUCAAACAUGUAGAUUGGAGUAACGAAUAUGAAACAUUAGUAAUAACGCAAGGGGUUAUCGUAUUAAUGACGAUACUCUGUUUGACAGUGUGGAUUAUUCCUUGGAGUUACAUAUUUAUUGUGGCUGGUCUAGGUAUAUUUAUAGCCAAUACGCAAUUCAUGAAGGCAUUAAUGAAGGAAACGAGUCCUUUUCUCAUGCAACAUGGAAAACUAAUGAUUGAACGAUGUAAAAACUACCUAAGCACUUUAGAUGGUGAGUGGGAUGAAAGUAAUGACGAGGCAUCAAUUGAACAAAAUUGGGUGGACGUUGAAAAAGAGGAGUUUGAUAGUGGAACUGAAAGAAAUAGUGAAGUUGGUAGUUCGUCUAAAUCCUAG